AUGGACCAGGACAGGAUGAACUCUAUAGACCAGGAGAGGUUGAACAAUAUGAACCAGGACAGGGUAAACAGUAUACACCAGGACAGGGUGCACAGUAUGGACCAGGACAGGAUAAACAGUAUGGACCAGGACAGGGUGAACAGUAUGGACCAGGACAGGGUCAACAGUAUUGACCAGGACAGGGUGAACAGUACGGACCAGGACAGGGUGAACAGUAUGGAUCAGGACAGUGUGAACAAUUUGGAUCAAGACAGGGUGAACAGUAUGGAGCAGGACAGGGUGAACAGUAUGGACCAGGACAGGGUGAACAGUAAAGACAAGGACAGGGUGAACAGUAUGGACCAGGACAGGGUAAACAGUAUACACCAGGACAGGGUGAACAGUAUGGACCGGGAGAAGGUGAACAGUGUUGACCAGGACAGGGUAAACAGUAUGGACCAGUACAGGGUAAACACUAUGGAUCAGGACAGGGUGAACAGUAUGGACCAAGACAGGGUGAAGAGUAUGGACCAGCACAGGGUGAUCAGUAUGGAUCAGGACAUUGUGAAGAGUGUGGUCCAGGAAAGGGUGAACAGUAUGGACCAGGACAGGGUCAACAGUAUGGAACAGGACAGGGUGAACAGUGUGGACCGGGACAGGGUGAACAGUAUGGACCAGGACAGGGUGAACAGUGUGAACCAGGACAGGGUGAACAGUAUGGACCAGGAAAGGGUGAACAGUAUGAACCAAUACAGGGUGAACAGUAUGGACCAGGACAGGGUGAAAAGUAUUGACCAAGACAGGGUGAACUGUAUGGACCAGGACAGGGUGAAAAGUAUGGAUCAGGUCAGCAUGAACAGUAUGGACCAAGACAGGGUGAACUGUUUGGUCCAGGAGAGGGUGAACAGUAUGGACCAGGAGAGGGUGAAUAGUAUGAACCAGGACAGCGUGAACAGUAUACACCAGGACACGGUGAAUAAUAUGGACCAGGACAGGGUGAACAGUAUACACCAGGACAGGGUGAACAGUAUGGACCAGGACAGGGUGAACAGUAUAGACCAGGAAAUUGUAAAGAGUAUGGUCCAGGACAGGGUGAACAGUAUGGACCAGGACAGCGUCAACAGUGUAGAACAGGACAGGGUGAACAGUAUGAACCAGGACAGGGUGAUCAGUAUGGAGCAGGACAGGGUGAACAGUAUGGACCAGGACGGGGUGAACAGUAUGGACCAGGACAGGGUGAACAGUGUGGACCAGGACAGGGUGAAAAGAAUGGACCAGGAAAGGGUGAAAUGUAUGGACCAGGACAGGGUGAACAGUAUGGUCCAGGACAGGGUGAACAGUACGGACCAGGACAGGGUGAAAAGUAUGGACCAGGAUAGGGUGAAGAGUAUGGACCAGGACAGGGUGAACAGAAUAGACCAGGACAGGGUGAACAGUAUGGACCAGGACACUGUAAACAGUAUGGACCAGGACAGGGUGAACAGUGUGGACCAGGCAAGGUGA